AUGUAUGUAGGCUACAUACAAACCAGUAUAUUUAUUGUAUCUUGGCAUCAUACAUUUCCAGAAUGGGAUAUACGUCUUCUUUUUAUCUUUUAUAAUGUUGUUACGGUGAUAGAGAAUGUAGAAGUGAGUACUUUGGAUUAUGAAAUAUUUCCUGAAAGAUAUCAACCAACAACGCUAACCGAAAAUGAAACUCGUAAAAAGAAUUUCAUUGAGAAGGUUGUGAUUUUCAAUUUCAUUUGUUUACAAUAUUAA